AUGGUUCUACUGGGCAUCCUUUUGACUAAUAUUAUAGAUGCCCUGCCUGUACAGUGGCGUGAGUGGGCAGAGGGGAUGAUCAAGGCCGUCGGCGAAAAUCCGACAUACCAGAUCCAAAUGCAGGCCCACUUCCUGUGGUUCCUGUUGCUCUCGGGCCUCGUAGGCCUCCUCAUCCACGCCCGCAACGAAUACUGGUAA